AUGCUUGAUCAGUGUUGCAAACAUAGAUUGCUGGAGCAGUUAUGUGACGAGUGCCUGCUGCAACUGUCUGCGUCGCUGGAAGAGCUUCAGAAACACGAGGGUAGUAUUCUCGCCGCCCUUCAGGAACCUCUUCCCCAAAACAUUGAAGUGGUGGAUUGGUUAGACCCCGGGCAGUAUUCUCGGUUAUGCGCAGUCAGUAAAGAAUCGGAAGCAGGAGUUGACACGGAGAAUGCGGAGGCGGUGCAAUGGAGCAAGGCAGUAGAGAGGAACAUUCGCACACGCCGUAUCUUGAACAUUAAUAGACAGCGACUGCACGAAAACGAGACGUGUGCUGUGAAAAUGGACAGCCUGUGUCGAAAAUAUGAAAGGACCAAAAUCGUGCUACUGGACACAUGCUUCUACAUCUCAGUGUUUGACGACUAUGGAGUCAUCAAUGGUUGCCGUAUCGGCCGACGGCCGAACAGCUGGGUAUCCUCGGAGGAAAUCAACACCGGACUCGGCUACCUGGCGUUGUUAGUGUCAACUAUCCGGAGACGCGUGUUUUCCUUCGCGAAGGAUCUCCAUAUUCCCCGAGGAGCCUGCCAUGCAAUUCUAGCACGCGGACGACAGUCAGCCAUAACCAUAGACGGCGACGACCAGACUGAGUAUCCUCUCAAUAUUGUGGAUGGUCUCCUGAUGCCAUACUUUCACGUACCCAAAUUCGAUGUAGCUUUGGUUGGCCUGUUAGAGAUAUACAGAUCGCUGAGUUAUGUUGCGGGCACUAUUGCUGUUUUCAACCUCAUACUGUUCAGGGUUACAGAAGAAGGUUAUGUGAGAGGCAUUUCCAUUCGAUAUGGCAACAACGAGUAUGAGUGA